AUGCGAUUUUCGUCGCUAGGCAAACUCGUUCGGAUUACCGCACUAAUAUUUCGUUUUUAUAAUAAAUGCAAAAGGGUUAAAAAUUCGUUCCCGGGUUACAUUACCGUACCUGAAUAUAAUUUUUCAUUAAAUCGACUAAUUUACCUUACUCAACAAUCGGUCUUUCAAGACGAUAUUUUAAAGGUAUCUCAAGGAAGAUUACCUUCUAAUCAAUUGCGACGUCUUACACCCUUUUUGGAUAGUGACAAACUCUUACGUGUAGGAGGUCGAAUUCAUAAAUCAUUGUUACCAUUUGAAUCUAAACAUCAAAUAAUUUUACCGAAAAAACAUGCUUUGACGAAUUUAAUUAUCGACGACGCUCACAUGAGCUAUCUGCAUGCAGGACCUCAGUCCGUGCAAUACUUGCUGUUGCAGCGCUAUUGGAUAUUGUCUUGCCGCGACAUCGUGCGUCAACGCAUACAUCGCUGUGUCCGUUGCUUUCGUGCUCGUCCAACACGUGAUCAACCGAUUAUGGGACCACUACCAGCUUCGAGAAUACGUCCGGCGCGUCCUUUCCUUAAAACGGCCGUAGAUUACGCCGGUCCAUUUUUUGUUCGUGCAAAUAAAAGUAGUAAGUGGCUUCAUGAUCGCGGCUCCGCCAUUCGUGAAGGCACUGUUGUUGUGGUAUGCGACGAGCACCUUCCGCCAUUACAAUGGAAGCUCGCGCGUGUGCAUGCUGUUCAUCCUGGCUCCGAUCAAGUCACUCGUGUAGUGACCUUAAAGGCUGGGAAUACUAUUUUUAAACGACCUGUAGUAAAGAUUUGCCCACUUCCGUUAGAGUAA